UCGGCUCUCGCAUUUCUCCACUCGGCUGUUUCCUCGCCAGUUUCUGCUAUGUUCUCUACGCGCAACCCUCUCUCCGUUCGGAAUGAGCAGCAGCAGCAGCCGCAGUUCUCCCCUAAGAAGAAGGCGGCUUUGAACGACAAGGAGAACACGCCCCCCACGCUCAACGCCACCCGGGUCCUGGCGAGCAAGACGGCGCGGAAGAUCUUUCGGGAGCCCGGCGCCGAAGCGGAGGUGCCUAAUGGAGUAACGCCACUUCCAUCAAACGAUGUGCAAGAUGAGCCCCUCUUAAGGGACAAUCCUCGACGUUUUGUCAUUUUCCCUAUUCAAUACCAUGACAUCUGGCAAAUGUACAAGAAAGCAGAGGCAUCAUUCUGGACGGCUGAAGAGGUUGAUCUUUCUAAAGAUCUUCAGCACUGGGAGUCCUUAAAACCAGAAGAGAAGUAUUUCAUUUCACAUGUCUUAGCAUUCUUUGCUGCAAGUGAUGGCAUUGUCAAUGAAAACUUGGUGGAGCGGUUUAGCCAAGAAGUGCAAAUCACAGAAGCCCGCUGUUUCUAUGGCUUCCAGAUUGCCAUGGAGAACAUUCAUUCAGAAAUGUAUAGUUUACUCAUUGAUACUUACAUUAAGGAUUCUAAAGAACGGGAAUUUCUGUUCAAUGCUAUUGAAACCCUCCCAUGUGUGAAAAAGAAAGCUGACUGGGCCAUGCGAUGGAUUGGCGACAAAGAAGCUACUUAUGGUGAGCGUGUGGUAGCAUUUGCGGCGGUUGAAGGAAUCUUCUUUUCCGGCUCUUUUGCAUCAAUAUUUUGGCUGAAGAAACGAGGUCUAAUGCCUGGGCUAACUUUUUCUAAUGAGUUGAUUAGUAGAGAUGAGGGCUUGCAUUGUGAUUUUGCUUGUCUGAUGUUCAAACAUUUGGUGCACAAACCAGCUGAGGAAAAAGUAAGGCAGAUCAUCACAAAUGCUGUCGCAAUAGAGCAGGAAUUUUUGACAGAAGCAUUGCCUGUAAACCUAAUCGGCAUGAACUGCAUUUUAAUGAAGCAGUAUAUUGAAUUCGUAGCAGACAGACUGAUCCUGGAAUUAGGAUUUAACAAGAUAUUCAAGGCUGAGAAUCCAUUUGACUUUAUGGAGAAUAUCUCUUUGGAAGGCAAGACUAAUUUCUUUGAAAAGCGUGUAGGGGAAUAUCAAAGGAUGGGUGUUAUGUCAAGUUCUGCAGAUAACUCAUUCACUUUGGACGCAGAUUUCUAAAGGAAGUAAGACUUUUUUAGCUGGUUUGAAGUGACUGGCUAGUGAUUUUGGCAAUAGUAACAAUUGUAAUGUUACUAAAGUGGUAUGUUCUGUUAACUUAAGAGUUCUAUUCCUGAUAUAAAUUGCAGCAAUGCUGAAGGACAUGUUGUAACAGUAUUGCCCAAUACAGGUUUUAAAUAUUUACUAUUAAUAGUUUGUACAUAAACAUAGCACUUUAAAGGUCCUAGUCUAUUGUUUCUCAAAAGGGCUGGUAUUGCGAGUUGGAAUAAACUCUUUUUAGUCUGCAUUAUGUUAAUUUCUUUUACUUGCAUGUAAAUUAAAUCAAUGUACUGAAAUGGAGACUUACUUGAUAUGUAUUUUAACUAUUUUGGCGGAGUACUUUGUAUAGAAGUAAAAACUUCAUUAAAUUCCAUUUUCCAA